ACUGCUCGGUCUGUCGCUAAAAAGGCUCAAUGACUAUGUUUUGCCGACGGGAUCGGUCGGCAGUGUGGCCGUCGGCGCUAAGUCUGGUGCUGGCGUUCCUUUGUGUAGCCGCCGUAUUCGCCGAGACGGGGAUCGAGGUGUUUUUCGUGCACCAAGACAACUUCACGCUCCCACCUACGUUUGAACGCCAAACAGUCAGGAGCAGACUCGAAUGCGUGGCGAGAUGCUGCAAAAAUUCCACGUGUUCAUUAGCGCUCCACGGCGACCUGUCAUUGCUUCAGAGGGAGUGUCUGCAUGUCCAUGGCGUGCUGACCUUGAAAGAUGGAACUAUCCUCAUGCAAUCUUACACAGUGAUGCCAGAUGUGUGGGCGGUCGUUCGUAUUCAACCGGUAGUAUAGUUAUGCUUACGUUUG